AUGGACUCCAGGCUCGAGCUAGCCAGCUUCGCGGUAGCUCUUUGUGGCUGGAUUUGUGCCAUCCUGACAAGAAUCCUACCUGUCUGGAUUGUGACCGGAGCUGUAGACAAUUCCACCGACACUCUUUCUUUGUACUGGGACGGAAUAUGGCUAGGUUGGCAGGAACCCAGUUUGGGAGACUUGCACUGCCACUUCUACCAGUCUCUUUUGUCUUUGUCUGGAGGCUUCGGGUCCUGGAAAGUGGUGUUCAACGUGUUGCUUGGAGUAGGAGCUAUCCCGACAGUGCUCUACAUAGUUUGCUUGGCCAGGUUUCCCCAGAUGGUGAGAAUUAAAGCCGCAGCUGGGUUCGGUUUCAUCUUAUCCGGGCUGCUCAUGCUGGUGCUCAUGAGCUGGGUCACUCAUAUCACAAACAGUAAUUUGAAGACACUGAUCACUUUAAAAAAGGACUGGGGUGCAGCGCUGUAUUUCGGAUGGAUUGGAACGGUGUUGUUUAUGGUCGGGGGAGGAGUGCUGGGCACUUGGUGCUGUAACGCAGCUCCACAGGAGCAAGGACAAGCAGGAACAAUACAAGGAGCGGAGCCGGGAGCUGAGGACCCUCUGUUCGCCAUACACAGUGCUGCGUUCAUACCGAGUCCAUACAGGCAGACCACGAGACCCGUGUAAAUAAAGACAACUUUUGAACUUUUGCACUCAGACUUGGGGACAUUGUGAGUUGCUUGGACCUGUUUACGGAAUUUUUUGCACUGAUAAAAAUGACCUUCCUGAUAGUUACAA